AAACAACAAAAACACCUCAAGAAACAACAACUCAAAGAAGAACGCAUUCAUAUUCCAGUACACCAAGCCAUAGAAAAUCGACAGCUAUGAUUUCUUCUUCAACUGAAAAUGAGCAACAGACAAAAGCUGACAUCCAGACCACAAAACCAGAAGCAUAUGCUCCAUCUACUACUGCGAAYGAAAGGGACACAGCACCCACUCAAAAGAUAGGGGAUGUAAAUGAUCCUCAGUCCAAAAGUUCAGGUUCAAACGCAUUCCCGUUGGUAACUGUGACUGUUUCUCUUGGGGCUGUGUUAGCUGUGUCUGUCUGUGUGCUUGUCUUUGUGUGUUGUUGGAAACGGAGRAACAGAGGACACAAGAAUGUGAAACCAAGAUCAGAGACUACAAGCCUGCCACAUGAUGCAAUGGAAAUGUCGCCCAACAAAAACCAAGGUCCCGAAGAUGGCGGCUUGACAGAGGAUGACCAACUGUUUCAUCAAAACGUUGGCGAGUCUUAUGUGGCGUAUGCUGUUAUCCACAACAACUUAACCCAGCAAAAUCAAGGUACAACUGCAUCGAACGAGCCUGCAUAUGCUUCUAUCGAAGAUGAAAAAAUGAUGAAAAGGUCAUCCAAAAACGACCCAAUUGUUGCCAUGCCAGCCGCCACGAUGAAUGUUGAGAACUCUGGGAACUCAGUGGGAGGGAAAAAAUCCAAUACAGAAGAAACCCGCUCCCUACCAGUCAGCGGAGUAUGCUGUCAUCAUCGGACAAAAGCAGAAAUCUUAAACUUUAUAAAUACAAAUACAAAUAUCAGUAGCUGUACUUUCCGAGGAUUGCACUCACUAAAACACACAUUUGUAUUUUGCCUGCAUAAUUUCAUACUUGUUAUUGAGUGGGGUCGGUGUCCACUGGUAGAACGAAGCUUUGGAUUGGGCAAAAUAACAAAAACAAAGAAAGCAUGGAUUAUGGUGAACAAUGUGUAUUGUUCCACAUGUGAGCUGCAUUCUUUGUUUUAUCUCAAGAUUCAUUGUUUGUUCAUCCACUCCCAGGCUUCGUUCUGACUCUUGUGUGUUACCCAUUCAGUGGCAAAUAAUAAGGUACCAGUUUACUUUAAAAAAACAACUUUUGUUUGAUUACUUAUGUCAUGAUCAAAAACGUUUGCAGAAUGCUAUUUUCCCCAUUUCAUGCUUUAGAUCUUAAUCCUAACGAUAUACAUAUACUCCUAGUGUGAAAUUGUUGCAAAKUUAUAAUUUUAUUCUAUCCGUGAUUGUUAAUUGCUUGAAAUGGAAGCCUAGUAAAAUUUAUAUCUGAUCCCCGAAGAAAUAAGCAGAGUUGGUCUCCACAAUUAGGUGGAGAGUAUUCAUUUGCCGUUCGAGAUAAGUGUCGUGAAAAAUUUAAAUCGUCUGUAUUGUAUGUUGAGCUGUACUAACAUUCUUUAUUUUACCAUAUUCGCUUUAAUAUCUUGAAAUAGAAAUGAGCCGAGUAAAUAAGUUUGCAAUCAAAAGGAGCGCAGCGCAGAGAGAGGAAAUAAUAAACCAAGUCAUGAAGAAAAUACAUGCCUUUCCCUUGCUACGAUCAUGUUGAUUAAUUAAUAGCAGCAUAUGAUUGAAAGAAAUUGCUGUUGAGGUAGAAGUAAACAGCAUUGGUGCUAGUUGUUCAUAUUACCUUUCGGUUUAAUUACAUGCACUUUAAUUACA